GCUGCGGCCCGGUCCGGCCGCUGGGUGCGAGAUGGCCGCCGGUGGGAGCCGCGGACUGCUGCGGCUGUGGCUGCUGGCGGCGGCGGCGGGGCUGGCGGCGGGCAGGGCUCCCAGCUGCCACGAAGUUCGGACGGCGUUCCAGCUGCGGCAGAUCGGGCCCCUCAAGCUGGUCCCCGACGUGCCCACGGCUGAGUCAGAUUUACAGAUCUGUCAAGAUAGAGCACCAACAUGCUGCACCAAAAAAAUGGAAGAGAGCUACCAGGCAGCUGUUCGAAGAGAGAGGAUGCAGAGUAUCCAGGCACUCAAUUUUGAACUGAAGUACAUGAUUGUUGGCCAUACCACAGCUUUUCAAGAGGCCUUUGAGUCCUUCCUGCGCUUAGCUGAAAAUCGCACAAGAUCUCUGUUUGAGGCAGCUUACAGACCUAUGGCAAAAGAAGCAGCAGAGCCUGUUAAAGAACUUUUUACAGACAUCUCCCUCUACAUCCUGGGUGCAGAGACUACAGUGGAAAAUGCAGUAUUACGUUUUUUUGACAGUCUUUUUCCUCUGGUGUAUAGUCGGCUAAUAAAUCCAGGAAUUACUGAUUUGUCAGAGGACUAUACAGAAUGUCUUCGGCUUACGAGGCAAGACAUAAAUCCUUUUGGACACUAUUCUAAAAACAUGGUUACAGAGCUGUCAAAAUCUCUUUGGGCAAGUAGGAUGCUCAGCCAGGCCCUCAGUCUGGGCACUGAAGUGAUAAAUACUACUGAACAUGCUGCCCUCACCAAGGAGUGCAGUAGAGCUCUAGUGAGGAUGCAGUACUGCCCACAUUGCCAGGGUCUGACACUGAUCAGACCCUGUGUUGGAUACUGUCUGAACGUGAUGAGGGGCUGUUUGGCCAGUGUGUCGGAACUGGAUAUGCAAUGGAGGGAGUAUAUCUCCACACUGGAAUAUCUGACUAAUGAAAUGGGUGCCUCGCAUGAUCUGGAAAUAGCACUGACGGGAAUCUGGAACUCCAUCAAUGAAGCCAUCCUGCACGCACAGUUAAAUGGACCACAGCUUUCUGCUACAGUUGAUAAAGUGUGUGGACAGCCCAAACGCCAAGAAGGGAACCUGUCAUCAGGCCAUAUAGUGCCACUGAAGAAAGCAACUGAAGCCCAGACGCUUGUAUUGGCUCAUGCUAGUCUGAACAAUAAAAGAAGAGAAUUCAUCAAUUACAUGAAGCGAUCCCGAACCUUUUAUGCCUCUAUAGCAGAAAGGCUGUGUGAUGGAGACCUGGUAAUGAGAGACAGCUCAACCUGCUGGAAUGGAGAAGAUGUUGUAGAGAGUUAUACCAGCAGAGUUGUUUCCAGUGGACUGAAGGCUCAAAUUAAUAAUCCAGAACUGAAAGUCAGAGGACUAGACCCACUCAUCAGCAAUUUGAUUGAUAAGCUUCAGAACUUUAAUCAACUGGAUGCUGAGAAAGCAAAAUUAAAACUGGAAAGAUGGUCUUCCCGAGAUACUGGCAGUGGGGGAGGAAGAAGUGAAGAGUUGGAGACAAGUGGGGACUGUGAUGAUGAGGAUGGCUGCCAAGGAUCUGGUGACAGGAUUCACACAGCAGAUAUACUCAAGGACAAGAGAACCCAUCCAGAAAACAGAAAUGAACCAAAACCAACCAUGAAAAAGAUUGUCACCACAACCACCACAAGCACUGUCAAGUCAUCCUCUAAACACAGUGUAACUGGAAAUGGGAGCAGUGCGGCCCUGAGUUCCUCACUUGUUAUUUUAACAGCACUAGCAGUUCUGUGGCCUUGCCCCCCAUAGCUGCACACUACUGCAGCCACUGCACAAGCCUUUCUGUUCACUGUCAUGUAUACCUGCAGCCUUACCCAGAGAAAACAAAGCGAAAUAGCUGUCUAUUUUACUUGAUGUUAGAAUAAAUAUUAAACAAUGUGCUGGAGUUGGUGGAUAGGAAGCGUCCUCACCUAGAGUGAAGAUAGCUUUUGACAAAGCCCAGCCAGGAUGCAGAGAAAAUGAUGACAGAUAUUCAAUUAGCUUUAGUUAUGGGAUAGGAAUAAUUGAGAACAUGAGAACUGUGUAUGUGUGUUACUGUUUUUCUCAGUUAUAUUCACUGGAAUCAGAUUGGCUGUUGUUUUUUUUUUUUUUAAGUUUUUUCUGAUAAAUUAAAGGAAUGGUCAGUCUUCAAAUCUAAGCCAAUACAUGCAUUAUUCCUCCAGUGAGCGGCUAAUAAGCUACAUCUACAGCUGUAAAACAUGCUAAAGUGAAGUACUUUGACCAACUUGAUGAAAUUCCUAAGUGGUCAAGAAGAUCAAAGCAUGUCUGAAAUUUCUUUUAACUGCUACUGUUUAGAUUGUAGGAAGCCGCACAAAAGCAUAAGGCGUGUUUAAUAUAUCAGCAUACUUGCCUUAACAAUUGCAAAAAUUAGAAACACUUUGUUUACUGAGAGCAAUAUAGAUAGUGAGUUUCCCUGCUCCACAAAAUGGUAUCACCAAAUGCUCAAACAUAUGCUCAAGGCUGAUGGGAUGAAUGUCCAGCAGCAGGAAAUACCAGCACAAUAGUAUUUUCUUCAGUUGAAUGCAGUUUUGUACAGUGGUGGGGGGGAAAAACAUUCAGUUAAAAUUCACUUUGUCUGUGUGUUGUUAAAGAGAAAAUAACUUUAAUUUUCCGUAAAGGACUGAGAGGUGUAAGUUAAUGGGAACUACCAUUAAACACAACCAAGAUUUUGGGCAUUGUGGAUCUCUGAAAUCAACUGUUUCAUAAACUCUGUAUUAUUUAAUUACAUUUAAUGUUUAAAAUUUUCUAUCACUAUAGGUGUAAAUGUAAAAUAGUCAAAUCUAGAAUAUUCUUUAUUACAUCUCAAUUUCUAUCCUAGAAAAUGUCAAAAUGUGCAUUAUAUUUCAAGGCUUCUUUUUUUUUUAUCCAUCAUAUCUUGAUAUAUUAUAACUUUUCAAAUGGAAAGUACUAAACUUCUAAUGGAUUAAGUGUCAGUGUGUGUUUUCCAACAGCUAUGUUUACAGUACCAUUGAAUAUAUGUAUACAAACACAACUGUAUGAAUACAGCAAUUAAUGAUAAGUUUGUGAAACAUUAGAAUUGUUAUACUUGCUGCAUUUCAUAACUGUUACAACAACUUAAUGUCCAUUUUCAUGUUGUAGACUGUUAUUGUGUACAGUUUUAUAAGAUUGAACGUAAAACUUUUUUUUUUUUUUUGUAGAGCAUCUCUUUUGAUAUAUAAAUCUUUUGAUACUUACAGUUACACAGCCACUGACAUCAUCCAGAAGAACCCUAUGACUCACUAAUCAGCUUCAGGCAUUUUAUUGAGAAACCUUGAUUGUGAAGGACAUCUUGAUUUAAAGGAAGUGUUAUGUGUCAGUGUUACUGAGUGCCAUUGUAUGUAAAGUGGCAAUAAUGCAAGACAACACAACACAUAACCGGACAAAGACUCACUGUGCUUGCCAUGUUUUCAGAUGGCAUUAGUGAACAUGUCUAAUUAUAUUUGCAGAGAUGGGGUCUUCGUUGUUUUGGUUUUUUUUAAUUGGGCUGUAAGUUUUCAUUGACAGAUAUAGAAGUGUAAUCAGAACCAUCGACAGGUGUGAAGGAGUUGGCUCUAAAGUGAAAAAAAAGAAUUCUGAAAGUGUUCAAUUUUAACGUUGAAACAAGGAGAUGAAAUAGAAAAAGAUUCUUGUGCUAAAGUGAAAUAUUUUCUAUUUUGUGUUCCGAUUUUUCACUAUGCUAAGGUUAUUAAUAUCACUCAGUAGGGCUUUCCAAAUCGUAUCAGUGUAAAUCAGG